CCUUGUGUUCGCGAGUCUAACGCCAUCUAGCGGGCAUCACAAGAAGAGGCGGAGUUCCAAGCACGGCCGCGCGGGGGCGCGGCGAUAGCCAUCACUUUACGACCUCAUACGACACGGCACACAAGCCGCUCUCGCAAUUUUUUUGCCUUUUUAUAUAGAAUCGCCAACGUUCCAACUUUUGUUAAUUUCAUUUAAUAUAAUUUAAAAAUAAAAACAAUUUGUAAAAUUAAAAUAUAAACAAGUCAUUGAAGAGACCCGUCUGCUGCUCCUGAAAGUAAUUCAGAUUCGCUAACCUCCCAAACAUUGGUCCUUCGAGCCGGAUGCUAUCAACCAGCGCCAGGAUCAGCAAGAAACGGUCAGGCCAUCCAUUCUUCACCUUCUCCCUUCAAUCGUCAUUGUGCUAAAACCGUGUCUAUUUUGUAACCUUCCAGUGUCGAGCACGUGCCGCGUGGUGCACACGGCCGCCAUUACGAGUCAACAACGAGUUUCGGGAUUAAACUAGUGAACACAUACGAUUACUGCAUGCUCCACCUAGUCUUCUGCUUGCUACUAUCAAAGACUGCUGGUGGCCUCUCGGAGGCACUAAUUUAGCAAAGCGUGUGGUACGCACCUGUGUAACCUGCAUCCGCAUGAAGGCGAAAACGUUUGCACCUAUUAUGGGUAACUUACCUUCAUUACGUUUGGAACCUGGGUUCGCCUUUAUGAGCUGCGGGGUAGACUACGCGGGGCCAGUAUAUGUACUUAAUCGUAGGGGUAGGGGAGCUAAACCUCAAAAGGCUUACAUCUGUCUGAUAGUAUGCUUCACGACGCGCGCGGUUUAUCUUGAUUUGGUCACAAGUCUUAGUACCGAAGGAUACCUACUCGCACUUAAACGCUUCAUUUCGCGCCGUGGUAAGCCUAACGUCAUAUAUUCCGACAAUGGCCGUUGCUUUGUAGGGGCAAUGAAAGAACUUUCGUCGUUCCUACAGGGUAACGCGAGUAAUAUCAUUGAGUGCGCCGCUAAUGAUAACAUUAAUUUGCAUUUUAACCCCCCUUAUGCUCCACAUAUGUCAGGUUUGUGUGAGAGAGCUGUACAGUCUUGCAAAUAUCACCUGAAGCGCGUUAUUGGCAACGCGAAUUUAACUUUUGAGGAAUUUAGCACGGUUUUGGCACAGUCCGAAGCCCUACUGAAUUCCAGACCCAUGCAUCCUCUUUCCACAGACCCAAACGACCUUUCCGCAUUAACUCCAGCGCAUUUCCUUAUUGGCCGACCGCUGACAGCGCCGCCCUACAAGGACUUGACGACAGAGACGGGUCGGCUCCCACGCUACAAGAUGCUGGAGCAAAUGCGACAACACUUUUGGCAGCGGUGGUCAAAACAAUAUAUUUCUGAGCUGCAAACCAGAACGAAGUGGCAGACUCACGGCCAGGAUAUCAUUCACAACUCCCUAGUUCUGGUCAAGGAAGAUAAUCUACCACCUCUCAAAUGGCGUUUGGGACGGGUGGUAGCUUUGUUCACAGGAAACGACGGAGUUUCUCGCGUCGCUGACGUAAAAACAGCGAGCGGGGUCAUACGCAGGGCUUUCACUAAGCUUUGCCCUCUCUUGAUGCCGCCAGAGAGUGAAGCUGCGCCAACCCCAUCCACAUCACCACAACCACAUUGAAAGCGGGUGCUUUCAAGGCCGGGGGCAUGUUCGCGAGUCUAACGCCAUCUAGCGGGCAUCACAAGAAGAGGCGGAGUUCCAAGCACGGCCGCGCGGGGGCGCGGCGAUAGCCAUCACUUUACGACCUCAUACGACACGGCACACAAGCCGCUCUCGCAAUUUUUUUGCCUUUUUAUAUAGAAUCGCCAACGUUCCAACUUUUGUUAAUUUCAUUUAAUAUAAUUUAAAAAUAAAAACAAUUUGUAAAAUUAAAAUAUAAACAA